AGGACUGCUUUAAUUAAAACCUUUAAAAUUACAUAUUUAUGCUCUGUUGAACCCCACACUUCAGUUUGCUCCCUGAGAAAGAGCAAGGUGCAUUAUUCUGCUUCUGUCUCAACUGUUCUGACAUUCCACUGGCAAAAAUUAAAAUGAUAAUGGUCUCAAGUCAUUACAGCAACUUUGCUUUCCCACCCAAUCACAAGAGAAGGAUGAAGUAUUAAUUUUGAACUCUUAAGAGUGUGCGUACAUGCACACACCUUCAGAUGGCUUUUGGUUUCAUAGACGUCAACUGAUGUGUUUGAAAGCCACAGGAAAAUCUCUUUUAAGAUACCUACUAUAUAAAGAGCAAAAGGGAAAGUAACAUGCCACAAGGUAAAAAGCUGGUCGCCUGACAAUACUCAACAGGACAUUUAACCAACUUCUUCAAUGCUUUUUGGACUACAAAACAGAAGGACCAACACAGACCUGGAAAAACACUGAGGGCAAAAGAAGUGUGAGCAGUUAACUAGAGGGCAGAAGCAACUCACAAAGGAGGGCAGCUGCUUCUAGUAGUGCAGGUAUGGUAGCACUCAGAGGUAUUACAAGUUGUUCCACUGGGGAACCUAUAUCAUACCCCUCUGCCUGCAUAAGUUGAGUGAGUUGAGUUUUGAACUUAUGCUCCAGGCAAUCCAAAUUGUGCUGGGAGCUUCUGAGCAGGUUGGCCAUGCUAGUCUCCCUCUGUGCAGUCACACUAUCCUCUGCAUUGCAGCGGUACCUCGGUUUACGAACUUAAUCCAUUCCGGAAGUCCGUUCUUAAACCAAAGCCGUUCUUAAACAGAGGAGCGCUUUCCCUAAUGAGGCCUCGUGCCGCCGGUGCCCUUCCACUGUUCGGCUUCCGUUCAUAGACCGAAGUAAAGUUCGCUGCCGGAACACUAUUUCCAGUUUUGCGGAGUUGAUAUACUAAAUAGUUGGUAAACAGGGCUGUUCUUAAACUAAGGUGCCACUGUAGUUUUGUUGGCUAGUUAUAUAAACUAGGUUCCUUUACUAACUAUCUCUGAAAUUGAUGGCAUACCUGUGGUAUAAUAUUUGUGCAUUUCAAAAGACUGCACUAAAAAUCACUUCCACUUACAGCCAAAGCUCUUGAAAAAAAAUGUAGAUUGAUACACACACAUUUUAUUGCUGUAAAAUUGCCAACAUUAACGAUUCCAGCAUUUAACCUAGUUCUGUUUGUACACCAACAGCUCCACAACAACUGGAGAAGGCAAACAUCUAUGAGAUGUAUCAAAUGGAAGCUGAAGGUUCACUGUUCUUCAUCUGGAAAUCAUUACUGCAUUUCAUUUCUUAGAAAUGUUAAAAAUAACCACUUCCUCUUCAGUGUGCAUGGCUCUAGCAAUGGUUUCUACCAGUACAUCUACAAAACAGAUCUUGCUGCAAAAAAAUCAGACCAUCAAACUAUGGAAAUGUUCUUGGCAAAUAUGGUUUUCUUGCAUCUUAAUUAAAACCUCCUAUGCCUAGGGAUGUUUGAGAAUACCAAAUAAAACAAAAAGAGAAGCAGUGUUCCACUUAUUUGUCCCAUUUCUGGGACAAUUAAGUCUGCAAUCAGCCCCACUAACUAACUAAAAAGGAAAUGCUUUGGAGCAGGCACGUCCAACUCCCAAGAGACUGGGAUCUACUCCCAGUAUAAAAAAACUGGCAGUGAUCUACCCAUUGUCAUUGGACGGGAAAGGAGCAUGUGUGGGGUGGGUGGAUUGCCCAGAGUUGUUGAGCCCAGAGUUGUUGAGCUAUUUUAGGGGUAGGAUUGCCCAGAGUUAUUCAGCUUUUAUUUGUUAACCUUUGGUAAACUUUAUUUAAUCCCUGUGUGAGUGCCUGGAGGCGGUUGGAGGAUGGAUGGCAGCUAACAGAUUGAGGUUGAAUCCUGACAGGACAGAAGUACUGUUCGUGGGGGACAGGAGGCGGGCAGGUGUGGGGGACUCCCUGGCCCUGAAUGGGGUAACUGUGCCCCUGAAGGACCAGGUGCGCAGCCUGGGAGUCAUUUUGGACUCACAGCUGUCCAUGGAGGCACAGGUUAAUUCUGUGUCCAGAGCGGCUGUCUACCAGCUCCAUCUGGUACGCAGGCUGAGACCCUACCUGCCUGCAGACUGUCUCGCCAGAGUGGUGCAUGCUCUAGUUAUCUCCCGCUUGGACUACAGUCGUACCUCGGGUUACGACCACCUCGGGUUACGAACAAUUCGGGUUACGAACUGCGCAACCCCGGAAGUGUUUUCGCCGCGCAUGCACAGAAGCGGCACGCGCGAUCUGCGCAUGCGCAAAGCAUGAAAAUCGCGAAAAUAGCGCUUUGCGCAUGCGCAAAAUGGCACUUCGGAUCACGUUCGAGUUACGAACUUUUCGGGUUACGAACUGCGAUCCGGAAAGGAUCGUGUUCGUAACCCGAGGUAUUACUGUACUGCAAUGCACUCUACGUGGGGCUAACUUUGAAGGUGACUCGGAAACUACAACUAAUCCAGAAUGCGGCAGCUAGACUGGUGACUGGGAGUGGCUGCCGAGACCACAUAACAUCAGUCUUGAAAGAUCUACAUUGGCUCCCGGUAAGUUUCCGAGCACAAUUCAAAGUGUUGGUGCUGACCUUUAAAGCCCUAAAUGGCCUCGGUCCAGUAUACCUGAAGGAGCGUCUCCACCUCCAUCAUUCUGCCCGGACACUGAGGUCCAGCACCGAUGGCCUUCUGGCGAUUCCCUCGUUGCAAGAAGCCAAGUUGCAGGGAACUAGACAGAGGGCCUUCUCGGUGGUGGCGCCUGCCCUGUGGAACGCCCUCCCAACAGUUGUCAAAGAGGAAAACAACUACCAGACUUUUAGAAGACAUCUGAAGGCAGCCCUGUUCAGAGAGGCUUUUAAUGUUUAAUAGAUUACUGUGUUUUAUUUUUCUGUUGGAAGCCACCCAGAGUGGCUGGGGAAACCCAGCCAGAUGGGCAGGGUAUAAAUAAAUUAUUAUUAUUAUUAUUAUUAUUAUUAUUUAUUAUUAUUAUUAUUAUUGAUAAGGGUCCCGUGAUCUACCAGGAUCAGCCAGGGAACUACCAGUAGAUCAUGAUCUAUUGGCUGGACAUGCCUGCUUUGGAGUAAAUGCAUUUCUCAUAUGAAUGCAGCAUCACACUGAAUAGAUUUGUCAAAAAGUUGCUUUAAACAUUUAAAAAAGGUAUGUGUACCAUUUGCUGGGCCCAAUAGAAGCUAUAGCCCCAAACAUCUGGCAGGCACCAGAAUGGGGAAAGAUGCUCCUGAGCGUCUUAAGCAGGCAUCCCCAAACUCAGCCCUCCAGAUGUUUUGGGACUACAACUCCCAUCAUCCCUAGCUAACAGGACCAGGGGUCAGGGAUGACAGGAAUUGUAGUCCCAAAACAUCUGGAGGGCCGAGUUUGGGGGUGCCUGUUCUUAAGAAUAGCUACAGAUUUGGUUAGAUACUGUAUGACACUAUUGCUUACAGAAACUCUUGUUUGUUUGUUUCUCUUUCUUUCCCUCACUUCCAACUACAGGUUUUGUCUCUCAGAAAAGGUGCACAUACUUUGCCUCUCCUGUGAAGCAUUUAAGAUGCACAUAACCAAUUCCUCAGGUUGCAAUGUUUAUUCUGCAAUGGAGCCAUUUCCUUAUUUUUAUUACUUGAUAUUUCUUAUUGGGUUCAUCGGGAGCUGCUUUGCCCUGUGGACCUUCCUGAAGGCAGAGCAGCAUCGCAGAUGCAUGAGCGUCUACUUAAUUAACCUGCUAACAGCAGAUUUUUUGCUAACCCUUGCCUUGCCGGUGAAAAUCGCUGUUGAUUUAGGAGUUGCUCCCUGGAAACUGAAAAUAUUCCACUGCCAAGUCACAGCUUGCCUCAUCUAUAUCAACAUGUACUUAUCCAUCAUAUUCUUGGGAUUUGUAAGCAUGGACCGUUGCCUUCAGUUAAUACACAGCUGCAAGAUCUAUCGCAUCCAGGAGCCUGGCUUUGCUAAGAUGAUAUCAGCAGUAGUCUGGACAAUGGUUCUAUUUAUCAUGGUGCCAAACAUGGCAAUUCCAAUCAAAGAAAUCAAAGAAACGGCCAAUGUGGGCUGUAUUGAUUUCAAAACGACGGUGGGAAGAGAUUGGCAUGUUUUCACUAAUUUCAUUUGUUCUGCAAUAUUUCUCAAUUUUUCCGCCAUAGUGCUUAUUUCUAACUGCCUUGUGAUCAGAUUACUCUAUCGAAACAGAUACAACGUGAGCUACGACAAUGUGAAGAAAGCUCUGGUGAACAUAUUCUUAGUCACUGCAAGCUACAUCAUAUGCUUUCUUCCUUACCAUAUUGUCCGGAUCCCGUAUACUCUGAGUCAAAGCAAAGCUAUAACCACAGACUGCUCUCUCAGGCGAACGCUCUUCAAAGCAAAAGAAUCCACCCUACUACUUGGUGUGUCAAAUCUCUGUUUUGACCCAAUUUUGUAUUUUUACCUUUCAAAGACAUUUAGACUGAAUGUGACAAAGGCUUUUGGGUCACGUAAAGAAAAUAAUACUCUCCCAGGAAAUGCAUUAACAGAGACAGCACUUUGAUGUUUCAGUCGAGACUGCAGACCUUUCUAGACAAUUUAUUGCACAUUAAAAAAUACAUUGCCCCCACCCCACCCCAACUAGGGCACACAAUCUCUCCAUCUUUCCUCCAGGUAGAGCUUCAGUUGCGAAGGCACUGCAUUUUCUGAGAAAUUGCUAAGGGAAAGAAGCAAUAUCCCCACCCCAAGAUACAAUAUUCAUUACACCGUAGAAUUUGGUUGCACAUGUGUCACAAGCAGUUGUCACAUUCUGUUUCUGAAGAGUGAUAUGCAAUGAUAGUCACCAGGGCCGUCUUAAGGUCAUCGGGCGCCCUGGUGCAGGGAUCCCUCGGGCGCCCCCCCCACUCUUAAAAAAAGAGGAAAACUCUUACCUGGCGGGCCGGGCAGCAUGAGCCUCACGGUGGCCCCUGCACCUCAUAGCAGGACCGCGCUGUCCCGGAGGCCGCCUGCCUGUCCGAUGCCGCCAGAUUGAGUGGGGGAGGGGGCACCGCUGCUCCGCGCGACCUUCCUCCCUUCUCCCAGCGGAGCGGGGUGCCUGGGCAGGCUGGGCCACGGCAGGUUCCUUCCCGCCAACAGGGCGCUCUGUUUCAUUGGUAGAGGUGCUGCCAUGUGGCGUCACCUCUACCAAUGAAACGCACCUCUACCAAUGAAACGCAGGAAAA